AUGGCACAGCGUAUUGAUGUGCAUCAUCACUAUAUCCCCCCUCCCUAUUUGCAAGCCCUUGAAAAAACUGGUGGUGAUCCCUCCGGAUGGCCUACGCCCGCUUGGUCCCUUGACAUGGACCAAAACAUUUGCAAAGAUUGUGAUAUUGAAACAGCAAUUCUAUCCGUGACUGCUCCUGGUACAGGAAUUCUCAAGGGAGCUGACUCUGCCCGUCUUGCCAGAGAGUGCAAUGAGUUUGGGAAGUCUCUGAGAGACAAACAUCCUAAGAAUUACGGGUUCUUUGCUACGCUACCGGAUAUUCUUGAUACUGAGGCUGCGCUUAAGGAAAUUCAGUAUGCCUUUGAUACUCUUCAAGCUGACGGUGUUACCCUCUUUACCCGUUAUGGCAACGGUAAUUAUUAUUUAGGACAUCCUGCGAUCCAGCCUAUAUGGGAAGAACUGAACCGACGUGCUGCGGUGGUAUUUGUUCACCCGACUCAUCCAGUGGAUACCAAUCUUGUCAACAAAAUGCUUCCCCAGCCAAUGAUUGAUUAUCCACAUGAAACAACUCGUACAGCUGUUGAUCUUAUCACUACUGAUACUGUGAGAAAGUAUAGUAAUUGCAAGAUUAUCUUGUCUCACGGUGGCGGAAAUCUGCCUUGGCUGGCCAGACGUCCAGCAAUCAUGCUAAAAGAUCUCAAUCUGUCUACCAUGACACCUGAACAUUUUAUUGAGAAUGCACGAAUGUUCUAUGAUUUCCCGUAUGCCCCUGAGGCUACGGUUAGGCGGUUUAGCAAGGAGCUGAGUGAGGCUAAUCUCUCGAAGCAAGAUGCACAGAAGAUUAGCCGUGACAAUGCCCUCAAAUUAUUCCCUCGCCUUUCCUCCCAGUGA